UAGAAUGAAUGUGAAAGUCAGGAAAAAUAAUAGUUUGUUCAAGCGUUUAAUAUUUUGCGAGCAGUGACGACUUGAAUAUGGGCAAUUUUCAAUCGAUAAUAAAUGCAAAUUUAGCGAUAACGGUGGUCCAGGAUUUAUGCGCUGUAAAAAAAUCAUUUUGAUGAAUUUCGAGAAAAUAAAUUCAUUUUCAUUACUUACUAGUAAUUACCUUUCUAUGGUAAAAGUUUGAGGGAAAACUAUUUUCUGACCCGAAAUGCAGUGGGCCGCUUUUACAGAGACUGCCUCUUAAAUUUCCCCGAAUAACGAGGGACAAUUUGUAACCAGGGACAAUUUGUAAAAGCUGUCUUUUACAAAUUGUCCUUCGUUAUUCGGGGAAAUUUAAUCACUAAUUUCCCGAGUGAUAUGGUAUUACUUUGUACGAGAAUCACGAUCGAGAUCGAUUGAAAUCCUAAGUAACGUGAUCGUACCCUAGGAGAUCUGGGGAUUCUUCAUAAUGUGCUUCAUGGAUUAUCCUAGAUUCUAACGGUGUAUUUCAUUUUAAGAUUUUUUAAGUGUUUAGAAUCUUGUCAUCUAGUACUAAUGCAGCCUGUGUAUAAAUUUGGAUGAAAGGUCUAGGGCAGAAAAAACGUUAUGACGCCGCUUGAAAAUUCAAUCCAAAAUUUGAAGAUAUAAAACAUCGCGCUGUAGAAACAUUACUGUUACCGUUGAAGAGAUUGCCUYGAAGUUUUCACAUACAUAUUUCCAAGUAUUGCGGAUGAGCCUUACGAAAAAUCAGCAUCAAAUCUUAAAAGCUCAUCGAAUAAUUUUUUUUACUAUAAAUUGACGUAAACUUCAAAUAUGAAAGUUUUGCUAAAAAAUCACAUUUUCUUCACUAGCUCCAAUUUUUCCUUCAAACAGACCAGAACUUUAUCUAGAUGGUAGUGAAAUUUCUACAGCUCGUCCUAUUCAAAUUUUGGAGAAAACGUUUUUUUUUUCGGUCGACAACAACAUCGGCCCUGUUCAAGACACUAUAGACUGUAAAUUAUGACCCUUUCUAAGACUACAACGUAGCGACACGCUUAAUAGUAUAGUGAUCUUUUUCUGUUCGGUUUCGUGAGGAUUCAUUAAAUACAGCUAGAGCGGCGCUUCCCAGCUCCUCCACUAAGGAAUGAUACACCUGCCUGCCAAGAUUUGACCAAUUGAACGGGUUGUUGUAUAUGCCCACGCUGUAGGAUGCAAUAACUGAUUAAUAAUCUGUGCGGGAGUCGUCAACUGAUAUGUUGGUACUCGUAAACUGAAUGAUGAGAAAUCCGAGAAAACCGCUUAGCUCUUAAACAAAUCACUCACAAGUCGGCUACAAUUACGGGUGUUUGUUAUGCGUGCUUCAACUGCACGUAUGGAAGCAAUCAAAUCAUAGUCAAAUUGAAUGGGAAAGUUGGUAUUUUUACGACACUAUCAAAAAAUUGUUAUCGAGCGUCAAUAUGGUAUUCAUAAUUUAAAACGGAAUUUUUCGCCAAAAAAGUAAAACACAAAAUAGAGUCUAUUCAAAAUCAAUAUUCAUUGUGAGAAUAAUAGAUGGAGGGAAAACAAACGCAAAUCCAAAGUAUUCCAGAGCACAGAAAUUUUUCAUAUGUACCCGUAAAGAAAGGUGGUUUUUUUUUGUCUUAAACUUAGACAAAACAGAGAAAAUUGAGGAGAAAUUUAUAAAAAAAGGAAACUAAGGCUUGGUGACAAUCUACUUCCCGUCCCCCUCCCCGAAAGGGUUUCAGUUUUUUAUUAUUAAUAUCACCAGUAUAGUCUUUCACUCAUGAUGAUGAGUCAUGUUGCACUUUCUGGUAGAAGACGUGCCGCUAAAAACCAAAGAAAUAUUUCUCAGAUUGCUUGGACUUCUCCAGCUUUUACCGCGUUAAGUGAGGUCACAAGACUCACAAUUUGUAGUAAUCUAAAGAAUGGAGAGUUCUGCCAAUCGAGACGAGAAAACGAUAGAUCAGACAAACAGUUCUCAGCAAGAUGACCAAAAGUUUGGGAAUUCUUAUACACCGCCUGAUACUCCUGUUGGACGAAGAUUUGGUGUUGAACGAGUGAAAACCGAUAUUGAGAAAGAUGACAACGGUAGUGGAACCACGGAAUCGAGCCGUGGAUUUCCAGACGAACAUGAACUCCGGCAGAUCUGCUUCAUGGAAGGGACGAUUGGUUACGCGACGAACGAAGCUGUACCAACGACUGUAUUUUAUCGAAAUGAAUACUCUCAGACACCCGGCACUAGGCAGCGACCAACUCUAAGGGAACUACAAAAAGGAUUUGGAGGAGAUUCGCCUAAGCAUCAACAGCUGGACUCACCUGUUAAAUAUUCAGAUGUGGGUAAUGGUAGAUAUCCAGGCAGUCUCAACAUCCAUACCCAUGGCUAUACAAAUGGUAAACUAGCUCCAAAGUUUGGCUGGUUAAAAGGAGUGAUGCUGAGAUGCCUUCUUAAUAUCUGGGGAGUUAUUCUGUACUUACGGCUGACCUGGAUGGUAGGACAAGCUGGGAUUGGUUGGUCCACUAUUGUUAUUCUGCUAUCAGCUGUUGUGACGGUGAUAACCACACUGUCCAUGUCUGCUGUUUGUACUAAUGGAGAGGUUAAAGGAGGUGGUGCAUAUUACCUGAUAUCUCGCAGUCUUGGUCCAGAGUUUGGUGGUUCCAUCGGUCUAAUCUUUUCUCUAGCCAAUGCAGUAGCAGUUGCUUUGUAUGUGGUAGGAUUCGCAGAGACUGUACGUGACAUUCUAAAGGACAACGACUCGUUAAUGGUUGAUGAGGUCAAUGAUAUUCGUAUCGUUGGUAUUUUAACAAUGCUGUUGUUGUUAAGUGUCACUCUUGUUGGUCUUGAAUGGGUGGUUCGCACCCAGAUGUUUCUAUUUGGAAUCCUACUGAUCUCAAUAGUGGAUGUCAUCAUUGGUAUAAUUAUUGGACCUCAGAAUCCAGUCAGUGAGGCACGUGGCUUUACUGGACUAAGUAUGGAUAUCUUUAAGACUAACUUUGACUCCAGUUACCGGAAUGAAAACUUCUUCUCUGUGUUUGCCAUAUUUUUUCCUGCAGUUACAGGAAUCCUUGCAGGUGUGAAUAUAUCGGGGGAUUUGAAAGAUGCACAGAAAGCAAUUCCACAAGGAACGCUUCUCGCAAUCGUAUUAAGUACCAUUGUUUAUGUGCUGCUUGCUUGGCUAAGUGGUGCAUGUGUAUUAAGAGAUGCUCAUGGGAUAGUUGCUAUGGUAGCUGGUGUUAAUGGAACAAUCAAUGCUACAAGUCCAGUUUUUCCAAACUGUCCUGGUCCCGAAUGUGUCUAUGGUCUUAUGAACGACAACCAGGUCAUGGAGAAGAUCUCAGCCUGGGGUCCUCUUGUUACGGGAGGCAUCUUUGCUGCUACCCUUUCAUCAGCCCUGGCUAGUUUAGUUGGUGCCCCCAAGACUUUUCAAGCCCUUUGCAAAGACAAUAUAUUUCCUUAUAUCAAAUACUUUGGUGUGGGGCGUGGCCCAGGUGAAGAGCCAACACGUGGAUAUCUGUUGACUUUUAUCAUCGCGGGCAUAUUUAUAGCAAUUGGAGAGUUAAAUGUCAUUGCACCCGUCAUUUCCAACUUCUUCCUUAUGUCUUAUGCUUUGAUCAACUAUGCUGUGUUUGCAGCGUCGUUGGCACGUUCUCCAGGAUGGAGACCGUCAUUCAAGUACUACAAUAUGUGGGCCUCUCUCAUCGGGGCUAUGCUGUGUGUGGCAAUAAUGUUCCUGAUCAAUUGGUGGGCCGCUUUGAUUUCUAUAGUAAUAGUUACUGCUCUUUAUAAAUAUGUGGAUUACUCGAAACCUGAUGUAA